UCCUAAAGCUACCUUGAGAAUCACAGAACAUUGUUUCUACACGCACACUGUGCCAUAGCAAAUGCUCUUCAUCUUGCAGGAACAGAGAUAUGCUGUACCAAUACAUAUAAGUCAGUUAAUUUCCUCUGGAGUUUGUUUUUACAGAAAAUUACUUCUAAAUGACAGGAUUCCAAUAAACAAUCUGAUGUCUGAACCUAUGCCUCAUAAAGACAUCUUAAUUUUCAGGGAUAAGGAGCUCGUAUGAGAGCUUGUAAGUGAAAGCUGGAGUGAAUUACGUGUGCAGAUAUGUCUAUUAGAAUGUGCUACAGUGAGGGAUGCCCCGAUGACAGAUCCCUGUGCCUUUGUGCUGUUUUGGUAGAGAAUGAUGGAAAGUUGCACAGAAUCAGAGGUUGCCCCAGCGGUAUCUUUGAAACCCUCUCUUAAUAUUCAUGAAGGAGUCAUAAAUGAAUGAAAGCAUAUUUAAUGACAGUCACUGAGUCAUACGAAGCCAGUCUUCUUUUUCAUAUAACAUACAAAUUGGGACAUCUGUCCUAUAAAUAACAGUAGGUUGUGUCUCUUGUUUUGGAGCGGUAUGAACCCAGAUGAACAAGAACUGAUACUUGGAUUUUCAGUUUUGUAAUUGACUUCCUGUAAUUCAGUCCCCUGACUUGUGAAUGCAUUCAUAUUUGUACACUAGUGUUUCAUGUAAUAUUUGAAGUAGAUUUUCAAUACCUCACACAGAAAAUAAUGGCUGAGCUUCACUGUUAAUGUGAAAAGAAUGAACAGUUUCUUUCUCACAGCCUGCUGAUGUAACUAUCUGCCCUUGGAGUGUUUCAGCCCUUGCUCAUCUUGGAAGCAAUGGAACCAGUACUUACAGCUGCAGUGCCAGAGGCAGGACCCAUUUAUUUCUUUGACCAGGUGAUUUCUUUCAUUUCCAGGACACUGUUCUACUUCCCUCUUCCCCUUCACACAUCCUCCAUUGUUAAACUGGAAACAUUUAUUUCAUUGUAGAUGAAAGCUAGAAUGAAAGAGAGGGACAAGGAGAUAUCAGAAGUGUCCUCAUAUUGCCAUAUGCUCACUACAAAUCCUCAUCCCAUCAGCUUUACUCCCAGGUAUUUCAGAGCUUGAUCUAGGAGCGUCCUUGGGAGGAAAUGUGGUGCAGUCUCAACCAUGAAAGGGGCACUGCCAGCCUGUCCACGUGGGUCUGAGGCAGCAAAACUGUUCUGUGUAUCCUUUAAUUGGUAUUGCUCUCACUGAACUAUCCAUCUGUUUUACUCCUCAGCCUGACUGAAAGCAGGAAUCCCUUCUGUGCAGAGAAGUAUACAGAAAGACAUGAAGAUGGUUUCUUAAAUGAUGAUAUGCAAAAAGAUCCAGUUUUGCAUCAAAUGUCUCGUCGUUCCCUGUGUAAAACCACUACAGAGGACUCUAACCCAAAGAUCUCCCAGUGUGCUCUGAUCCCACAGGCAGACAAGGACUCACCACUUAAUACGUUGAAUAAGUCUGCAUCUGCCAACAUGUUACAGGAACUUGGGGAGAAGCUGCAGCUCCUGGCUGGGUAUCAGACUGGUUUGCCACCAGAACUUGUAAAUGUGCUUACCUGUAGCUGGAGGGAACUCACUGAGGGGGCUGAUUGCUGUAAACGGCAGCAGAAGAUGCUAUCAUACAAAAGCAUGAGAUCCAGGAGAAGCCAGGCCUCAGAGGAGGUUAAGAAUAGCAUUCUGGCAUCCGAACGUAAGGAGCAUGAAAUCACUGACAUCAGAAAAGAGCAACACAAAAAAGACUUUACUCUACCAGCCUGCACCACAAAGAGAGAAAGAAAUCCUGAGAUGGCAUCAAACACACCUCCAGAAAGCGAAGCUCCUGUUGUGCAAAAUGAUGCUGACCAGUCACCCAUCACAGUCAACUUCUCACUUUCCUCCAACACUGGUGAGGAGCAAGGUUUGACUUUCCAGCUUUCUGACUCAAAGUCUGAGGAUGUUCAUCAGGAUCUGCCUUAUAUGUGGACCCCAGAGAGACCCAAGCAAGUUCAAAAUCAAAUAAAAGAGCAAGCGUCCAACCUGAAAGAAGUUGGGUCUGAAAAACCAAUUAUUCUACGGCAUUAUGGUGAUUACAGAGAAGAAACUUUCCCCAGGACACGGAAGGUUCAGGCUGGCAGGACUGUCACAUCAGAGCUACCAUAUGACGAAGCUCAUUUUCCAGUGGUCAAGAGUGCAAACACAGCACAGAGAAAACUGCACUAUAGACUGAAUGAUGGCUCGUCCUUCAUUUACUAUCCAUCUGAACAUCUUGCAGUUUGCCAGAGCUGCUGCAAUCUCCCAUGUGGGGGGAUGUAUACCAACAUAUUUAGCCCUUCUCCAGAUCAUUCUAUAGUUGGAACUUUCACCCCUUUUGGACAUGGCAGCAUCUAUCUUCCUAACAGCAACACUGUAACCAUGAUGUUUAAUCAGGAAGGAGGUCUGGUGACUAAUAAAGAUGAAGAAACGGUCAGGGAAUGGAAAUGGCCUCGGGAUGGCAAGCUUGCCCAGCCAGUUAUAGCACAGGUUAAUGAAUUCAUCGCAGUGAGGAUUGCAGGGCGCUUUGCAAUUAGCUUGGUCUACAAGUGGCAACAUGAAAGCGUGUGCUUGUCUUUGUCACCGCCACGGGGUGCGGCUCUUCCGCAGUUAGAAGAAUCGUCAAAAAGGACAGAGCUGCUGUGGAGAAAUGAAGUUCUGGAGGCAACCAUAAGCCAUGUGAAUGACAUCAGCGCAACCAGAGAGCUGAGACAUUUACAGAAGAAGAUCUGGAGCGUUGUGGUUGACUGGCUGCAGUAUUACCAGAGAGCCCUAGGAAUCGGCUGCACACGCAUUAGGAAAAUAUCUGAUCGUCCUCUUCGUCCCUUAAGGAAAGGUACAAUUCAGUCUGCAGACUCUCUCCCAGUUACCUUCGUAAUGCAGAGAUCACAAGGGAAGAGGAAAGAGAACAGCCAAGCUCCCAAGUCAGAAUGUCCUCUCCCAGAUCAAAUGAGGUUGACUCUUCCAUCUGGCAUGCAGCAGGAGCCGCACUCUUACCCUUACAGGUCUGCUUUACUAAACAGCAAUAUAAAAACAGAGAGGCUGCAUACGACUCAGCUCAGUUUAAGUAAAAGGAGGAAUGUACUGAAUGUCAGUAAUUCACGGAACAAGCUGUGGGUCACAUCCCAGAUGGCCUGUCCUGCUGUGCUUCGGAGAGUUGUGACGGGGGAGGAAGGGAAGACAUGCAGGUGCAGCAAUCAUCGGAUUCCCUGUGUGACAGACCUGGAGUACGAUCACCUCAUUAACAACAUAGUAGCCUUUAAGGAGCAGAUUACAGUGGUCUGUGUCUCAUCUUCACAAAGAAAAGAUCCCAGUGAAGAUGAAAUAGAGCAGCUGUAUGAGAGGCAGAACAAACACAGAAGUAUGCCUUGUGCUCAGGGUUGUCUGGAUUCCUUUCGCCUCCUCAAAUACAACAUCACCUCUGCUGAUGCAUUUACAGAUCAUAAAGGUUCCUUGUUGGAGAAGAGACAUAAUGUAGCUCCCGGCAUGUUUUUGAUGUACAUUCAAGGAAAGCUCCUCUUUGCCAACUAUAUUUUCAAUGGGUACAGCAAGUCAACUAAAGACCUUCAGAAACAAAUAGCUAAGACAAGAAAUGAUUACCGCAUGGGUUACAGUCUUCCGGCUGAUUUCAGGUUCAGGAAUGGAUGCCUUUUUAAUAGCACAAACUAACGGAAAGUAUUGGUCACUCUCUAUUUGGAAAUCUGAGAUUAUUUUCAUUUCUUAUCUGUGCAGCUGGAGAAGGUCAGGAAGCAGUCUUUAAAUAUUAAGAUUUGUGCACAGAUCAAGUCAACUAAUGACAGUUAUUUUGGGACCAAGUACUAAAAUCACAAUUAUUUCCAAAGCACAACCUGGUGUUUUUCAGCAAGGCAGAAUUACAUACAAAAGCCUCUCAGUGUAUAUUGACUUUGCUAUAUAUCAUUAUUUCUGUUUUGACUGUAGUACUCCCCAUUAGGGUGUCCAUAUUCUGUUUCAGUUCUCAAGUCAGCUGGGAAAGUAAGCAUGCACUGCUAGAUCUAGUCAUAAUCAUAGAAUCAUAGAAUGGCCUGGGCUGAAAAGGACCACAAUUAUCAUGUAGUUCCAACCCCCUGCUAUAUGCAGGGUCACCAACCA